AUGACGCAAAGACAAAAACACCUACGAGAAAUAUUUUCGGGUGCAGUAGGUGCACUAGAUGGAACACUCGUACAUGCAGUAGUUCCUAUCGAUCAACAAGCUCGUUAUAGAGGAAGAGGAAAGGGUGAAUGUUAUCAAAAUGUCUUGGCAAUUUGUGAUUUUGAUAUGAUAUUCACAUUUGUGUGGGCUGGAUGGGAGGGCAUAGCACAUGAUUCUAGAGUUUUGACAGAAGUUGCAUUUAAUCCAAACUCGGGUUUUCCUUUUCCUCCACAAGAUAAGUAUUACCUUUGUGAUGCUGCAUAUACCAACACACGUGGCUUUAUGACUCCAUAUCGUAAUACGAGGUAUUGGCUAGCAGAUUUUCGACGUCAACGUGCCGUAACCAAGGAGGAAAGGUUCAAUCAUGCUCAUGCACAGCUUAGAAAUGUUAUAGAGCGUGCCUACGGAGUUCUGAAAGCAAGAUUCCCAAUCCUAAAGCAAAUGGCUCCUUAUCCUUUUCCAAUACAACGAGACAUAGUGAUUGCAUGUUUUGCGGUCCAUAAUUUUAUAAGAAAAUGCAAAGUUUAUGAUCAAUUAUUUAUGGAUUUCGACGAGAACAACAUGUUUGCUUCUGAAGAACAAGAUAAUGGAAACGAACAAGACGAGAUAAAUGGAGUUGAAUGGGGUCCUUAA